UUUGAAAUUAAUUAGGCAGAUACAUAUAAAAUAUUGCAAAGUGCUCAAAAAGAUAAAGCUCCGGAAUCUUAAUUAAUUCCCCCAAAGUUGCCUUUCUAAAUUUUUCUUUUUGAAAAAUGGAGUACAAGUAAAUAAUAUUUUUGCAAGUACAUAUCCAGAUAUGAGUUGAAUCAAAUUUCUCCAAGUUCACUAAUAGUACAAGAAAACCAACAAUGGCUGUGAAAUUAGUGUAUCUAAUUUUCACUUACAGUUUCUCAGUAUUGCUAGUUUUGCAGCUUGCAAGAGCAGAGCCACCUUACACGAAGCCCACCUGCAAAGAUUUCCAAUGCGGAAAUGUAACCAUUAGAUACCCAUUUGGGUUGAACAGAGAUUGCUAUUUGGAUCAAAGAUUUGAGAUUUGGUGCAAUAGAUCUACCAAUCCUCCAACAGCUAUUAUAAGAAGCGUCAAUUUGGAGGUUAUCGACAUGGAUUGGGACGUUAUAUAUGUCAAAAGUCCAGUAAAAUCAACGAACUGUACAGAUUUGGGAUUUGAAAUGAAGCCGGAACUGAACGCCGCUAUUAAUUUAACAGGAACUCCUUUCUUCUUCUCUGAUAGGAAUGUUUUUACUGCAGUAGGGUGCAACACACGCGCUUUAAUGACAGAUGGUACGACUCAACUCGUCGGUUGUUACUCUCAUUGCCCUGGUGGACGGCAAGAUAUUGACUGGCGGAAGACGUUUGCGAAGCUUGUUAUACAAGGUAGCUAUGGGCCGACGCCUGAAGGUAGCUGGCUGAUAGACAAGAACUGUGAUGGUUCGAAUUAUUGCUGUCAGAUCACUAUACCUCCUUUGGUUCAGGUUUUUGAUCCAAGUCUACAGGCGAAAGAUAGUAAUCAAGGGAAAGAUGGUUGUAGGUUGGCUUUUCUGAUAGACGGAACAGCGAAGGUUAAAGAAACGCUUCUACAAAUUCCUUUGUCGCUGGCGUGGAUUAUCGAUUCCGGUGACUGGGAAUAUACAUCCGCCACCAUGGUUUGUGCUGCUACUGUUCGAGAUGAAUCUUCCAAUAAAAGAUUUCUUGAAUGUAAUUGCAAAAAUGGCUAUGAAGGCAAUCCUUACCUUGGAUGCACAGAUAUUGAUGAAUGCAACAAACAUGGGAAUUGCCGGGGAAUGACAAAAUGUGUCAAUACUCCUGGAUCGUAUAAAUGUGUAGUGGACUCCAAGUGGAUUAUUAUUUUAGUUUUAGGUGGUGUUCUUGGAGUAUUGGGAGUUCUGUUUUUUGCUAUUGAGCGGAUGUACAAGAACAUUGCACGCAGAAAGAAAUUCUUUAAAAGAAAUGGAGGUUUGUUGCUACAACAACAAUUAUCUUCAAGUGAUGGUAGUCUUCAAAAUAUAAAAGUAUUUAGUUCAAAAGAGUUGGCAAAGGCUACUGAUGGUUUCAAUAAGAAUAGAAUUCUUGGUCAGGGUGGUCAAGGCACAGUCUUUAAGGGAAUGCUCGUAGAUGGAACAAUUAUUGCAGUAAAAAAGUCGAAAUUACUAGAUGAGAAAGAACUGCAAGAAUUUGUUAAUGAAAUUGUUAUUCUUUCCCAAAUUAAUCAUAGAAAUGUGGUUAAGCUGUUAGGAUGCUGUUUGGAAACUGAAGUUCCUUUGUUAGUCUAUGAGUUCAUACCAAAUGGAUCUCUGUACAACUAUCUACAUGACAAGAAUGAGGAUGUUCCUUUUACAUGGGAAAUGAGAUUAAAGAUUGCUAGUGAAGUUGCUGGAGCCCUUGCUUAUUUGCAUUCUGCUGCUUCUAUUCCUAUUUAUCACCGCGACAUUAAGUCUACUAAUAUACUUCUAGAUGAGAAAUACAUAGCAAAAGUAUCGGAUUUCGGAACUUCAAGAUCGAUUUCCAUUGAUCAAACUCAUUUGACUACUCGUGUUCAAGGUACUUUCGGUUACUUGGAUCCUGAGUACUUUCGGUCGAAUCAAUUUACAGAGAAGAGUGAUGUUUACAGCUUUGGGGUUGUCCUUGUUGAGCUUUUAAGUGGGAAAAAGCCAAUACUUUGUCCAAGUUCACAAUCAGCUGAAACGGUAAGUUUAGUUUCACAUUUUAAUCACUUGAUGGACGAGAAGAGACUUCUUGACAUUGUUGAUGACCAUAUUAAGGAGCAUUGUUAUGAAGAAGAAGAAAUUAUUGCAGUUGCUAAUCUUGCAAGACAAUGCUUAAGUUUAGAUGGAAAGAAACGACCCACAAUGAAAGAAGUUGCUAUGGAGUUGGAAGGGAUUCGAUCAUCGCGGAGCGACAAUGUUCAAGAAAAUACAGAAGAAAUUGAACAUGUCCCUGAUGAAGUAACAGCUGGGUGGGAUUCUGGUAUCUCAACCUAUUUUUUCCAUGGUAAAGCUUUGUCUUUAGAAGUUGAUCCUUUCAUUUCUUACAAUCUUGGUGAUUAUAAAGAUGUCUAGAAGCACAUUUUUCGAGUUCUUUAUUGUAAUUGGAAACUGAAGAAUGUGUUAGUAUUGCAUAAUGUUUAUUAUAUUAAUGAUAUUUUAUCUUUUAUUGA